AUGGAGGACGAGUAUCCUCCAGUGGAGCUGACGUUAAUACCGACUGGCAGUUUCUCCGUGGCACGCUCUCUGCAGAAAUUGGACACAAUCCUCACCAGGUUCUGGACUAAACUGGAAGCACGAGCAGCAGCUUCACCUCCCCAACAAGAGAGCACUGAACAGCAAGUCGACUCAUGCAAAUCCAGAAGGUCCCCUCAGAGCAUUGAAGGCAAGCAAGCUCCUGACCUUACACCCAUACACUCACUGAAGCCUGGGGUCACCCAGGGCUCAGCCCCACCACGUCCAGAACAUCAGUGA